AGAUUCUGUUGUUUUUUUUUUGUGUGAAAAAAAGUUUGCGCAACACGAGGAAAAAUGGGGGAUUUCUUCAAGGUACCCAAAGCUCGCAAUUCAAAGCGCAAAGGAGGAUGUGAUUUCCUGCAGCCGACAAAGAAGCCCGGAUUCUCAAUGUGUCGUCCGGGAUUGUUCAAGAAAUCCUUCUACUGGAAAACUAUUGAGGAUCACAAGGCUCAAAAUAGAGUUCAGCUACUGAGUGAAGCAUCCAGCAAUGAUUUGUCGGGAAAUCCCUCAGAGGAACCACCCAGAAGGGAGAAUGAAGACGUUCUGAAGGAAGUCUUAGUGAUGCCUUUGGAGAGUCCGGAAGAGCAGAAGCGGAGGAAGGUUUAUGAGUACAGUGAUCUUGUGGAUGAUUGUCGACAGAGAGUUCCCAUGAUGCUGGAAAAACUCAAUAGAUUGCUGGCCGAAGGGACAAUCACUUCGAAAUCUUCCUCUACAUCUGCCCAGGAUGCCAAUACUACUACAUCCACCUCAAAUACAGACACACGUUGGCUGAAUAAUCUUCAGGUGGAAGAUCAGAGUGUGACGUCAUUUGAUCUCGAGACUCAACUCCUAAAUGAGAUCACCGGUGGACGUCCGGACCUCCUGGAUUGCAUCCCAGCAGUGGGUACACCCUUGCAAACCCACAUGGCCCCAGGUGGGCGAACGAAUUACACAACAAAUGAACCCCUAACUCCCCUCCUGGACAUGAUUGAUACCAGCCUGACCAAUUUCUGCUCCCUCCGUUCAAAUAAAAUUGAUCUCGAGGAAGACGUCCGGAAAGCAGAGAGUCACUUCUCGUGGGACAAUCGGGAAAUUGAGGAGAGAUCCUGCAGAUUAUUUUUUGACUUCCGAGACUUGGAGCCAUUGGCUUUUUCCGGAUUUCCUUCUAACACUUCUCUCGAUUUAUUCUAAAUGAAAUAAAUUUUUUUUUACAAGACAAAUUA